GGAGGAAGAAGAGGAGGAGGAGGAGGAAGAGACACACGUUCGAAAGGGUCUCUCUUCUACGUAGAAGACACCGGGUGGAGGCGAGAAGACGAGAGGGAGAGAAACCUCGGCAAAAGGGAGGGGAGAAAGAGAAGCAGAAAGAGAGAGAGAGAGAUAGAAGGAGAAGAGAGAGAUAGAAGGAGAAAGAGAAAGAGAAAGAGAGAGAGAGAGAGAGAGAGAGAGAGAGAGAGUGAGAGAGAGAGGAGGAGGAGGAGUCAUCGUAGUAACACCGGCACCGUCUCCUCUCUCGCGGCUUCGUGCUUGUCUCGGAAUUAGUGAGUAGACAGAAUUAUGUCCGUGAGGAAGGCGGCACUACGUCUCAGUCGAGACCUACUGCUCGGCCGGUGCACACGCACAUAAAGAGAGAGAGAAAGAGAAAAAUAGAUAAAAAGAGAGAGAGAGAGAGAGAGAGAAGUAAUAGAUAAAGAUAGAAAAAGAAGCUAAAUAAACUCUUUGGCACUCUUCCCUAACUCGCAGGAAUAUCACGGUUACCUUUUCUCUCGUGACUUAGACUAGUCCGAGAAGUUCGAGACGAAUGAACUAAAAAGAGUGAAAGAGAAGCAACGCGACUACAUUCGCCUGGUGGACCACAAUCGUACGACAUCAGUUUUGGUAACGCUUGCGUUGGAGACCGAGUGUUCCUCUUUCACGUGGUGCUUCCGAAGUUCUCGGCACGCGCUCUAAUGUACGCGCAAGCGCGCACACUUUCGAUCCAGAUCGAAUAAGAGUACUCUUCUAAAAGUAAUAAAAGAGAAAGAGAGGGAUAGAGAAAGAGAGAGAGAGAGAGAGAGAGAGAGAUAAAAAGAGAGAGAAAGAUAGAGAGGGAAAGAGAGAGAGAUAGAGUUAUAUAUAGAAAGAGAAUGCUCUUCGAAUCAUUGCUGAGUUGACGAGAUAGGUACAUUCUGUCUAUGUAAUUUGAGAUUCGAAAUAUACGACGAGAUUUGGUAAAGAUUUGGAAAAGAUGAGGUCGAGGUGGUCAAUCGUUUUGUUGCUGGUGAUGAACAUCGUUGUUUGUGGUUGGUCUCAUCAGCAUCAACAUCAUCAUCGUCGUCGUCAUACACCGAAUAGUAGUAGUAGUAGUAGUAACAGUAAUAGUAGUAGUAAUAGUAAUAAUAGUAAUAGUAGUAGCAGCAGUAGUAAUAGUAAUAUUAGUUACAAUAGUAAAGAACAUCUCGAGGAAAGGAUAAACAAUUUUGAGAGGAACGACGAUGAUGUACCAAUGAGUAUAAGUGAAAAAACCAGGAAAAGUUUGAAGUUAGAAGAGGGAAAAGUUUCGGUACCGUUCAGCGCACGUAGGCUUGAGAAAAUGUUGGAAAAAGCUAUAGUGAAGAUAAUAACGGGUGAUCUUAGUACAGCCGAUAUGAUAUUGCUGAAAAGUUUGAAUUAUAGUUUGGAUGAGGUACUCGCGAUUCGCGAGUACGAGCUUGGUAAGAAGAAGGAAGAGGAGAAAAGACGGGAGGAGAGGAUCAAAUUCGAAAGGGAAAGGCACAGACCUAAGGGGAAACAUUUCGAGGACGGAAAGAAUUCGAUGGAAUUCGAUUUGUCUAAAUACGAAAAGAAGAAAAGGGAAAAGAUCCAAGAGAAAUCGACGUACGACGAGGAUUUCGAUUUCGAUGCUUACAAUCGACAGGCAGUGAUGGAUUACGAGAAUCUAGCCUCGAAAAUGGAACUCCAACAGACUUGGUCCGAUCCUAAUAUCUCCGAUUACGAUGAUAAUGCGAAGGAAUCGAAGGAAAAACGUCCGAUGGAUAAGAACAACAACAACAAAAACAAAAACAACAACAACGAUGAUGAUAAUGAUGAUGAUGAUGAUGACGACGACGACGACGACGAUGGCAACUCGUCGCCUGAGAAUUUCCAUCGUAAUUUCGACAAGGCUAUGGAACCGCACGUGAUAUUCAAGAUACGUUACGACGAUUCCGAAUUCGAUUCAUCAGGUUCCGACGAAAAGUCUAGGAUACCAAGAAAACAGGUGGAUCGUGCCUUUCCGAGAGUUCCGAAAUAUCGUGGAUCGUCUUAUUUGAAACAAAAUUCAUUAACAAACACUGGCAAUUCCUUUCACAGUUCGACCACCGUCACUUCUUCUUCUUCUCCUUUUUCCUCUACUUCUUCGUCUUCAUCAUCAUCAUCAUCAUCAUCAUCAUCAUCAUCAUCAUCAUCAUCAUCUUCAUCUUCGCCAUCCUCGAUUCCUGUAGUUUAUCGAUUGGACGAUCUCAACCUAGCAAAGUUGGAUUACUUGGGCAAACCGAAUCGUCUUGAUCCAACCAAUCCCGUGGAAAUUCGAGGAACUAAUACAAAGAAUUCUAUUGACGUGAAAAAUGUUACUUUGUCGGAAGGAUCUCGUGAUAUCGUUGAUAGCAAUGUCACCAACGAACUGGAAUCGAGAAACGAAAAUUCAACGAACAGAACGAACGACCGGGAUACCUCGAAAUUGUCGGUCAAACGUAUCAGCGAAUACGAAGGAUUGGAAUGGGUCGAAGACGACGUUUAUCGAGUGAUACCGUCGCUAGCCGAUUCUCUCGCGGAUUACGAGAAUGUAGAAGACGAGAACGAACCAUUGGAAUACGAGGACGAAGCUCCUCCAAAUUAUGAACGUAAUUCUACUAGCUUCGAGGAAAAUGAGAACGACACUGCCGAGUAUCAAAACGACACUCCCGAAUCGGUAAAACUUUUCAUGGCUAACACCAAUUUAACAUCGAUGGACAAUCAAUCCUUUUCGUCCUAUCAGCAAUUGGCUCUGGCUCAUCGACGAGAAGGAAACCUAACAUCAACCUUCGACAGUCAAGGCCAGAAAGCGAUCGAAGAUAUAAAAUCAAGAGUACUGGCACUAACAGGAAGGUUCAACCUAAGCUCGAACGCGAAUAAGGUUCAACGCGAAAGGCUGACCAUGUUCUCGCCUACGUGUCAAACGCCGCGUAACACGGAUCAGGAAGCUUGGGCCGACCCGUUCUCGAUGAACAUGCACUUUCAAUUGAAUCUGACGUCGGGCGAGCACGUGGUCGCUGCGAAAUUGAGGAUCUACAAGUUGCCACAGGAGAAUCUGACGUCGUCGAUAUCAAGUACGAGUGGUGGUAGCGUCGUUGACGAACAAGAAGAGGAGGAUGAGAAGAAGAUCAGAAUAUCGGUGUACUAUUACACGAAAACGUUGAGGAAGCAUCGAGCAAAGAAACGUUUGAUGGACUCUUUGGUGACGCCAUUAACGAACGAGGGUACGCACUUGGCACUAGACGUACGACAAGGACUCAGAUUUUGGAGGCUAACCCCAAGAAAUCCACAUGGUAACGGCAGCAAUCACGGCCUGGUAAUUCAGGUGGAGGAUCAGGAUGGUCGACCGCUCAAACCGGCCCUUUACAUUCAGGAGCCGUCUUGCUCGAACGGCGACGACGAUCAGAAGGCAUACCACCACUUACCUGCACUUUUCGUCCGAGCCUGUACUCGUUACGUUCGCGUCGUAAACGGCGAAACGGUCACGUACGUGAAUUGCAGGCACUAAAGGUGCCGGCGAGUAGCCAGGGUUGAUGAUUACGAUGGUUCAAGAAGAAAAGAAGGUGGAGAAAGAGAAGGAAAAGGAG